AUGACAAGCAUUUACCAAACUAAGUUGUGCAACUCUCCAACUUAUCUCACUCUAACUUGGUCCAAAAACCUCUACUCUCACUCCUUAACAAUCUAUGCUGCCGACUCUUUCUCCAUCACCCUUUCUCUCUACCCUUCAACCUUCUCCUUUUUCCGCAACCGCCCCGGCUUCAAAUCCAUCUACUUAACCCACCACCAUUAUCAAAGAAUCAAGCUUUACUGGGACUUCACUCGCGCUGAAUUCUCUCAGAACUUAGCCGACCCCCACUCUUCCUUUUACAUUGCCGUUUCCAGUAAUGGGAAACUAGAAUUCUUCCUCGGCGAUCUCCAAGAUGAAUUGAUUAGAAGAUCCGGAUUGAUCAUCAGUCGCCAGUUUGCUGAACCGGUGCUUCUUUCUCGAAGAGAGCUCGUUUUUGGGCGCAAGAGUCAUAUUUCUCGAGUUCACUUCUUGGGGACCAAACACGAGAUUGGUAUAGAAUAUAGCGGCGGGAUUCUCAAAGUUAAAGUUGAUGGUGAAACGAGUGUUGUCGUCAAAAGAUUAGCGUGGAAGUUCAGAAAGCAUGAAAGAAUUCAUGUUGAUGGCAUUGAGGUAGACCUUUUUUGGGACGGCUUCAACUGGGUCAAUAGCAACAAUGGCUGUGUUAAUAAUGGGAACAGUAAUGAAAGUAAUGGUGGAAAUGGGCAUGGUUUCUUUAUUUUCCAAGUUGGUGGAGCUGGAGUGUGGCUGGAGAUGGUAGAUCCUGAGAAAAGGUUGAUGAAGAAGAGCUUGUCAUUGUUAGGGUCUUCAUCGAUGGCGUCAGCAGGGUCAUUAUCGCAGUCGCCGUCUUGCUCUAGUGUGCUACAGUGA